UGUUUCUCUAACCCAUUACUACACACGCCCACCCUCACCGUCCCCUCUGUUCUCUUGCUCUAAACCCUAGCAUCUCUCUUAAACCCUAAACGCCAAUCUCUCUCUCGAUCUCUCCCAAUCUCUCCAAUUCACAAAGAUGAAGAAAAUUGGAAAGAAGAGAAAGCACGCAGAGACAAUCCCAGAGCCAAAAAAAGAGCUCGUCGCUGAAGAAAGGCCCAAAAGAACACUUCUUGGUUGGAAAGACAAGCCUGUCGUUAACAAUGAAAAUGAAGCCACUUUCAAAAACAAGGAGAAGGUCCUCAUUACUUGUACUCGUCGCAUCAAUUAUAGGUAUAGGCAAUUGAUGUUGAAUGUGGUAUCACUAUUGCCUCAUUGUAAGAAAGAUAGCAAAGUUGAAUCGAAGUCGACUAAAGGAGCUACUUUGAAUGAGCUUGUUGAGCUCAAAAGCUGCUCUUCUUGUCUAUUUUUUGAGUGUCGGAAACACAAGGAUCUUUAUCUAUGGAUGACAAAGUCUCCCAGUGGUCCAUCUAUCAAGUUCUUGGUUAAUGCAGUUCAAACUAUGGAAGAAUUUAAGCUUACUGGAAAUCAUCUUAAUGGGUCACGUCCCCUUUUGUCCUUCACAACAAAUUUUGAGAAAGACGCGCACUGGAAACUCAUAAAAGAAAUGAUCACACAGAUAUUUGGAACUCCCAAGGAUCACAGGAAAUCCAAGCCAUACUAUGACCAUGUAUUUGUCUUCUCAAUUGUUGAUGGACACGUAUGGUUCCGGAAUUAUCAGAUUUCCUGCCCUCAUACUGGAGCAGAUAAAAUAGACCGAGGAGGGCUAGAUAAAUUGACCCUUAUUGAGGUUGGUCCAAGAUUUUGCUUAAAUCCAAUCAAGAUAUUUGGUGGAAGUUUUGGAGGCCCAACACUGUACGAGAAUCCAUUAUAUAUUUCUCCAAACCAGAUUCGUGCGUUAGAGAAAAAGAAAAAGUCAGGAAAGUUUGCACAGAAAGUUAAAGCUAAGACAAGGAGGAGGAUGCAUGAGAUGUCGAAUCCAUUGGAGCAAGAUGAAUUUGCGGACAUGUGGAAGGCUUGAGGUUGUGCUGGAGCGAAGAUACAGUUUUAGCACCUCAAAGUUUCAAGUUCUCCUGAUCAUUGGACCUCUAUGUAAUCGGAAUUUUGACUAGUGUUGUUUCCAUCCUUUUUUUUUUCCUUUAUUGUAUUUACUAUAUAUGUUGAUGCAUAAGUAUUGAAUUUAAUAUUGGCUAAUGCGUGAAUCGCUGUACCCGGUGACUUUGUGCAAUACUAUCAGGUGACUGCACAAUUCUGUUGC